AUGUGUUGCAAAUACACCAUUACUUUUCGAUUCACUAUCAUCCGUGCAUACCUCGUCACCGAUCAAACAUUCCGCAGUCUCUGUCGUCUUUGGUCCAAUACAGCGUCCCUACCAACGUUUAUCUCUCUCAACCAUAAAUCGUACCUGACCCCCGGCCAUCAGCGCCAGCCAGCAAUCAAUCAGUUCCCCGAUCUUCGUCACCAUUCGGUUCUCACUCGACACCAAAUGAAAGCAGGAUUCCGGCAGCGGGAACGCACUCAGACUGGCAAUGCUUCUCUCCUUCACAAUUUCCCCAGUCAACUUCUCCCCGAUCCCUGA